AUGGUGGCAGAAAAGCCCUCCAUCGCUGCAACACUUGCCCAGGCGCUGGGGCCUCCGAAUGCUACGAAGCGGCGGGGCAUGUCGCCCUCGUCACCGGUCCACGAGUACUCCGGGGCCUUCCUUGGUCAACCAGCCAGGUUUAGAGUCACCGCGACGACCGGCCACGUGUACUCGCUGGACUUCAGCCAGGAGUACAACAACUGGGACAAAUUUAGCCCGGACGAACUCUUCACUGCCAAGAUCGUCCGCACCUACGACCCCCGCUCCAACAUCCCCGCGCAUAUCACCGAGGAAGCAAGGAACUGUGACUUACUAGUCCUUUGGUUGGACUGUGACCGCGAGGGCGAGAACAUUUGCUUCGAGGUCAUGGAGUUGGCUUUGCCUCAGAUGAAGGAGCCACGCGCAGGUGCUCACCUGGGCGCAUACCGUGGCUGCGUGUACCGUGCCAGGUUUAGCUCCUUGGCUCCGCAGGACCUGCAGGCAGCUAUGGAUCAGCUGGCGCAGCCCAACCAGAAUGAAUCGCUCUCCGUGGACGCUCGGCAGGAGCUAGAUCUCCGAGUGGGCGUGGCAUUCUCGAGGCUGCAGACCAUGUAUUUCCGCAAGCACUUCGGGCGACAGCUUGGGAAACAGAUGGUCACGUACGGCCCGUGUCAGAUCCCCACGCUUUGGUUCUGUGUGCACCGUCACGUGGAGAUUGAGGCCUUCCGGCCAGAGCCCUACUGGAGGCUUUCAGCUGUGCUACCGGCCGGUCAUAGCAGUUUUCAGGCCCAGUACCAGGCUGGACAAAUCUGGAACGAGGGGGAGGCGCGGGCCUUGCUGGCACGCGCUCGUGCAGCGACAGAAGCCAAAGUGCUUCGGCAGCGCGCCUGGUCCAGUUCAUAUGCUCGUCCCCGACCGCUGAACACUGUCGAGAUGCUGAAAAUGGCCUCUGAAGUGCUGGGCUUAGGGCCUGACGACGCCCUGCACGUGGCUGAGUCGCUGUACCUGAAAGGGAUUCUCUCCUAUCCACGUACAGAGACUGAUAAAUAUCCGGAGAACUUUGACCUGCGAGAAACCGUUCGAAGCAUGGCGCAGCCCGGACUGCCCUGGGUAGAGUUCGCGCAGCAGCUGCUGACGAAGGGCCUUUCGCAGCCGCGGGAGGAUGGGCACGACGUGGGGGAUCAUCCUCCCAUUACGCCGAUCCGUGCUGCCACCCAGAGCCAGUGCGGCUCAGAAGCAGCUUGGGCCUUGUACGAGGAAGUGUGCCGUCACUUCCUGGCCACCAUUUCGCCAGACUCGACCUUCCGGGAGGCGGGCUGCAGCCUUGUCAUCGCUCAGUCAGGACAUUGGCGCUGUGGAUUUGAGCAGCGGCUUUCGGGAAGGCAACCCGUCAUUCGAAGAUUGCAAGGGGAGGGCUGGUUUUAG